CCGGUAUAACAACUCAUUCCAACGCCAUCACCCCAACCGUUAACAACUAUUACUAUAAGAUAAAUUCAUUUCGACCUAACCGUUUUUUCACCUCAAAAAGUCUAACAUGGGAGACGAAGAAUCACCAGCAGGACCAGGAGCUCCGGGUGAGGCUGUUGAUGAUUCAGCAGAUACCACCACUGAUGGUGCCGAUACAACCACAGCUGGUGCCCGCAUGAUGAUGAGCCACCCAUGGCUGGCCGCCGCCGCAGUGGCCAUGUAUGCCACCAAGGUCAUGUGGAUCAAGUUCCGUGAGAUCGGUCUGGCUAAGCGGGAAAAACGGUUCAAAAAUCAACUGGCGAAGCAGUCUAAGCCCUUGCAGACUAUUGAUGAAGAUGAUUCCGAAUCUGAUGCAGAAUCUGAUGCAGGAACUGAUGCUGAAACUGAUGCAGAGGACGACGUCGACGUCGGACCCCAAGUGGAAGAUGCAGUAGAGGGACCGGAAUUCGAACGAAACCGAGUGGAUAUAUGCCAACGCCAGAUCGAAGUCUCUACUGACUGCUGAUGUUCGAAUCGGGGAUGAAGGACCGUGGAAGGAUGGACAUGCACACAUACACUGGACAACUACACUAAUUGUUGUAAUGCUUGCGUUUUCCGUAGGGGAGGAUCGUCGGGCAAUGUUUGACAUGUACCACCACAUUGGGGGACACAAAUUGUUAGUUUUAAAACAUUAACCAAAUUUCUUGUACCACAUUGCGAUAUUUGAAUUAGUUUUUAUGAGUUUAUAUUAAAUGCUGCGAUGAAAGUAUGGUACCCAAA